AUCUCCGGCGUCUCCUUAGGUACCUGCUGCCCCCUCACCAUGAAGCUCCUGACGGCAGCUUUGCUUCUGCUCUUCAUCGCCAUGUGCUUAGCCAGCGCGGAAGGUGCAAAGUGCAAAUGUUCAAGAAAAGGUCCUAAAAUAAGAUUCUCUAAUGUACGGAAGCUGGAAAUAAAACCGAGGUACCCGUUUUGUGUGGAAGAGAUGAUUAUCGUGACUCUGUGGACACGGGUGCGAGGGGAGCAGCAGCACUGCUUAAACCCCAAACGCCAAAACACAGUGAGGCUGCUGAAGUGGUACCGAGUAUGGAAAGAGAAAGGCAGGGUUUACGAAGAAUAAGAGGAGGCAGCGUGAGGAAUGGAGCAGAUUCCCUUGGCUGACAUAGGACUGGGCUCUGCAGAAGACAAUUUCUCUCUCACAGACACAAGACACAAAUUCUAUAUUAUUAUUAUUACAAAGCACUUUUUACCAAGGGUCAGUUUUUACAUUUUAUAGCUGCGUGCAAAAGGCUUCCAGAUUUCACAAGCGUCCAUUGCACUUCAGAUCUCAUACCCGUGUGCUCUGUACCAAG